CACCAUUUUUCUGUACAAAGAAAACCUAAAAUUCCAAUCCAGACACAGAGAUUCACAGGAAUCCCAUCUUCUUCUUCUUCUUUCACCACCACCGUCUUUCUCUCUCUCUCUCACUCUCUCUCACUCUCUCUCUCUCACUCUCUUUGUGUCUCUGACACUCUUGUCUCUGCGACGUUAUCUGACACCUUCGACGGAAGCGAUCUCUCAGCUCUUCUCAGUGAAGCGAAAAAGCAAUGUUGGAGGUCCAAAUGUAGUUCUAUUUUGUCCAAAACUCUUCUAUUUGUCGAAAGUUUCUUUUCGUAGAUUCGCUCGGCAUUUAGGUUUAAUUAGAGACUACUAAUGACAUGGUUGGUUCUUGGUUCUUCGAUGAGAAUUUUACUGGGGUCUCUGAGGAGUUUAAUUUUAAUGGAGUUUAUGAGGAGUUUUUCGAUGAUGUUAUCGGGUCUCUUGAUGAUUUUCCAUUGGAAGAUGUUGAAGGGAAUGCCGGAGAAGAGGAUUGGAAUACUAAAUUGCAAUACCUCGACCCACCAUCCAUGGAUGUUUUGGUGGGUUUCCCUUCAAAACCUGAUAAAAACCACUCCAUUGCGUUUGAGAGAACUCAGAUAAAACAAGAGCCUAGUUCUGGUGAUACCACCUCCAGCAGAAGCAAUCCUCUCAGUGAUGAUUCUUCUGAUGUCAAACAUAGGCACCAGUUCAAAACCUCCAGUCCAGUUUCCAUACUUGAGAGCAGCAGUAUCUCAUGCUUUAUUGAAAAUCCAAGAAUGAUCGACUCCAAAUUUGCCCCAUUGAAGCGUGCCCGAAGCAAGCGCUUACGCCGCCAACAGAUCACAUUUCCCUUUAUGUCACCCAGUUCCUCUGCUUCAGAAAACUUAUAUCUUUCGACUGCUUCGGAAUCAGAUACAGAGACCCAUCUUAGUGAUGAAAUAUUGAAGCCUGCCAAAAGAAAGCAGAAGAGGAAAAAAAAUCUCUUACAACUCUCCAGUGAAGAAAGAAGGAAACUCUUGGUGUUGCAGGAACAAGGUGAGGCCAAAAAAUGCAUGCACUGUGAGGUGACAAGUACACCGCAAUGGAGGGAAGGGCCGAUGGGACCAAAAACCCUCUGCAAUGCAUGUGGGGUUCGGUAUAGGUCGGGCCGCCUUUUUCCAGAGUAUCGUCCAGCAGCAAGCCCUACCUUUAUUCCAUCACUGCACUCUAACUCACACAAGAAGGUUAUAGAGAUGAGAAGCAAGGGUAGGGCUACUAUGGGGACUUUGUCAUCGAUCCAGCCAGGGAAAAUAUUAGAUAGCCUAAUUAUUUGAUUGUAUUUUGGAAAGAACAGUCUUCCAGUUGGGAAGCUUUCUUGUCAGCUCUCUUUGGUGUUUUUUAAUCCUAAUUAGGCUGAUUUAUUUUUA